AAUAUUUCUGGAGUUAAGCUUGUGCUUCAAGAAUGGACAGAAAAUGUGGGAAAUACGCAGUGAAUAUGGAACCCUCUGGAAACCAGCCGGUGAGUAUUGGUGGCACCACCGUGCCAUUCCUGAACCUUAGAAAUGAUGAAGCUCAGAGUUCAGCCUGUAAGUUUGCAACAUCAACUGAUGUAACUGGUGAUGCUGGUCCCAAUUUAACUGACGUCUGCACCAACAGAGGGACCCUUGGACUUCCAGAAUUUCCAAACAGCAAAUCCCAACAUUGUCAGGUGACACGAAAUUUGUUCAGUGGCUGGUCUCUGUGGAAAAUAUUCCUGGCUUGUCUCUUAGCUUCUGUGGUAACAAUGGCAGUUGGAGUACUCAUAGUGUCUCUGGUGUAUAAUGGGAAAAAUAAUAAUGCCUCCAUUCUUAUACAACUUACUCAAAACCAGGGGACAAUCUCAUUGACUGAAACAAUCUCACCUGCUAGUUCUGAAACUACAGUUGCCACUAGCACAACAGAUUCUACCACAACAUCCACUUCCAGUACCAUGACUACCAUCACUUCAACGGAAUUUACAAGUAUACCAGACACUGCUUCCACAACUUCUACUGAGACCACAACUGCCACAGUGAACACCACCACACCUCAACCAACUACCACGACAACAGCCAACACUACCACUGAGGGUACAACCACAACAGACACAACUGAUUCUCCCCCUUCUACUGAGACUACGAUUAUGACAAUGGACACCAGCAUACCUUAGCCAACUACCACAAAAACGGCUGGCACUACCACUGAGGCUGAAACCACAACAUAUUCUUCCUCUUCUACUUAGACUACAGCUACCACCGUGGCCACCACCACAACUCAACUAACUACCACAACAACGGCCGGCACUACCACUGAAGCUACAACCACAACAGACACAACUGCUUCCACCACUUCUACUGAGACCACGACUACCACAGUGGCCACCACCACACCUCAACCAACUACCACGACAACGGCCGGCACUACCACUGAGGGUACAACCACAACAGACAAAACUGCUUCCACCACUUCUACUGAGACCACGACUACCACAGUGGCCACCACCACACCUCAACCAACUACCAUGACAACAGCCGGCACUACCACUGAGGGUACAACCACAACAGACACAACUGAUUCUCCCCUUUCUACUGAGACCACGACUACCACAGUGGCCACCACCACACCUCAACCAACUACCACAACAACGGCCGGCACUACCACCGAAGCUACAACCACAACAGACACAGAUGCUUCCACCACUUCUGCUGAGAGUAUGACUACCACAGUGGCCACCACUUCAGCUGAACCAGCUAGCACAACUACUAUUAGUACCAUAGGUGAUUCCAAUGUCAGUAACUGCCAGCAUAAAACUACAGUGACCAAAAUAACCACUUCUAAACCAAGAUUACUUAAUGACCAAUUCAACUAACACUAAAAUGAUAAUGAAUUCAUCCUCAAAACAACAUUUAGAUUUAACAAUACCAUAUAUUAGACCUGACCAUUUAAUGUGGAUAGUCUCUACUUUGUGAGGUUUUUGAUAAUACAGUUUUCAUACAAAGUAAAUCCAAUCCAUUUAUUUAUGCUGGAAAGCUGUUGUGAUUAAGUAGAAAGUUACCAAAUGUGAAUACAGUCUUUUAUUAUUAUAAAGUUGUAGUCUCUGAUACACUAAUUCUAUAUGUAAUAAGGAAAAUACAUUCUAUAUCGUAAGGGUGUUUUAAAUAGAUUUACAUAUUACCACAUCUUCUUUUUAGAUUGUGCCAACGUUAUUUUCAUUUCAUUUUCUCUUUAAAUCAUUUUGAUAUAUAAGUAAAAUUUUAAAUGUUAUCACUACUUUCAAUUAAUAAUUUUGUUUUCUACUGCUUUUUGCAGUAAUCUUAUAAAGGCAUUUAAUUAAAUACUUUCAAUAAAUAUUUACUUAUGCCUGCUAUCUGCUGAAAUACCAGAGAAAAUUCAGAAAAAGAAAAGAGCAAUGCUGAGAGUAAUAAACUUACAAAUUUGGAUUCUGUUACUUAGAAUUCUUGGUAAUUCACAGGUUUAAAUCAAUGUUGAUGGUACACGCACUCUACUGCAGUCCUACUGAAUCAGAAUCCUCAAGGGUGAUCCAGAAAUCUAUAUUUUUCAAAAAGUGUGAAAACAGGACUGAUAACUGCUACUUGAAGCAGUGAAUUCAGAAGGGCAUUGUGACCUGUAUCUUUGAUGUUAGUGAGAUUGAUAUAAAUCAGUAAAUAUUCUUUAAAGCACUAACAAAAGUCAGUUCCAUUUGUUGAUGUUAAUUUUACCUAUAAACAAAGGAUGCUGAAUAGCGUAUAGACAUGUGAGCACAUGGUAGGGACUGGGUAUGGAAAUGCUUUCCUUACCCAAAAGGAAAAAUGUGUUUUCCAGUAAUUUAAAACAAAUAUUUUAGUGGCCACUAUGCUAAUUAGCAAUAAUUUUUAACUAUCCUUUCAAGUCAGUCUUACAGAGUUACUUUCCCCCUAUAUUGCCAACCUACUUACUGUAACUAUAUGCAAUUAAUGUAAUAAAACUUUAUUAGAACACUUUAAUUCUGUUUCCUUCAUUAUUU